AUGGAGUUUUCAACACAGGAAUGGGCAACCGCGAACGAAGCAGUGAGGGAAGUCCAUGCAAUUUCGCGUCGAGUCGAGAAGGAAGAGCAUGAACGGACCAUGGCCGACCUGGGGCGUAAGCACAAGACCGAGAUAGAGCGUCUGAGGCAUGAGCACGAGGCCAGAAUCGCAGAACUUAGGUCGGAGUACGAGCACAAGGAAGCAGUCCUACUGGAUCGAGUCAUGGAGGAUCUGGACACGGUGUCGGCGUCGAGCAAGAUGCAGAUGGCGCGGUAUGCGGAAGAGGCGGCGAAACUCAGGACCGAGGUGACAGAGCUGAAGGCACAGAACCAGCAGCUGACUACCCUGCUCAAGGAUUGGAGCUCAGAACGUGCGGCGCAAGCGGCGGAGCAGGCCGUGGAGAGUCUUCUAGGUUAUGUGAAGCGGCUUCAGAGGUUCAUCAAUGCUUUGAGCGGUGCCAGAGCAUCUACAGCAGAACUCUUACUCUCGAAGCUGGGGGAGAUCCAGGAGGGCAUCAAUGCGAAGGUUACUGUGGAGAAUGCAAGCACGCAUUUUAAUCGCCUCUCGGAGGAGAUUCGGAAGCUGCAGUCCGGCGUUGCUGGAAUGACGCUGCCUGGCUAGCGAGCUGCAGGCUGGGAUUGACUGCUUGACCGUAAUAGUGGAGCCGGUAUUUGGAAAGGGUCAGUUGC